UGGUCAAAUAGAACUUCAAAACGUACCAGCCCUCACCCUGUAGUUGGGUCAGUCUGUUUCUCUGAAUGGUCAAAAGUUUCAGCUCACCUUCCUUUUGUGAUGACUACCAGACAAUUCAACCCAAAUCAAUAUUGGAAACAGUAGCUAGCAGCAACUUCCUCCACAAAAACUCCUGAAAAAUGCCCAUGCACUCUUCUUCUUCCCUUUCCCGGCACCAAAGGCCUAAUAAUAACAACAAAAACAAUGGCAAAUCCAUGUCAACUGAAGAAGAAGUGAAGCUUGCUGCUCUGGCAAUUAGCCUCAACGUACGGCUCAGAUCAGCAGAUAUGCCUUUUGCCAUGCAAGAACACGCCCUUCGUUACGCUAGAAGUCUACUCCUCCAACCUGGAAUUCACCGCCCUAACCCAACCUUCCUUGCUCGCUCCCUCAAAAAGGAGUUUGAUUCGAUAUACGGACCAGCGUGGCACUGUGUGGUGGGGAAGAGUUUCGGAUCGUUUGUGACUCACUCGCCAGGUGGAUUUGUGUAUUUUUCGCUUGAUUCGUUUUCCUUCCUUCUGUUCAAAACGGAGGUUCAGUUGAUCACGGAAUCAGGCUGAUUCAUUUUCUGCUUGCUGCUGUCGGUGGUUAGUUUCGUAAUCCACAGUUACAACAGAUCAUAUACUAGCUGCUAACUUCUUUUGGAGUUUUUUUACAAGCUAUUAGCGUACAUGAUAAUAUUGAUAUUUCUCUAAGAAAAGAAUUACAUGUAGCACACUGUCACCUGUUUUUUUCUCACUUCUAUAGUCUAGACUCCAUGGUGAAUGGAAAUCUUCUGUUUUUUUC